AUGGAAUCCACUUCAUUGAACAGACUUUGCACGCCGACGCCGACGCCGACGAUGCUGGCUGCCACUCGCAACUACAUCGGGUCACUGAUACCUCUUGAGGUCGUUGGUGGUGGCUUUGCAUUUGCUGAACAGCCUAUAGAUUGUAUCGCAAUCAGCUAUGUGGAACUCUUCAAGAACUUACUCGAUGUAUGCUUAUUGACGGUGAUAUGUACAGCGAAGCCGAGCCUUUCUGCCUUGUUCGGACACGCUCGUCAUUCCUGCCCACGGGUUGAGAAUCUGCAGCCGCCCGCAGCUCUCGGAUGUGCUAUUCAUUACCAUUCGACAGAGCGUGCACGCUCUUUCUACGCUGAAAUGUUUGGUACUGGCGGGGCAGUGCUCGCAGAGGAGAACAGCUCGGACACAUCUCCUCCAAGUACAGCCAUCCGCGAGUGCAGGUUGAAACUGAUAAAUUUGGUGAACUCCUUGCUUCAAUUAGCAAGGCUGACAUCAUACCAUAUUGAAAAGAGCCGAGGACCGAAAGGUGGCUUGGAUCGCCGAGAUGGAAGGGCGUGGGGUGGUGAGCAAGGCCGUGGGGUGAACUUCGAAAUCGCUGAUUACAAGACACCCACAUGCAUACGCCAUCUCUCUGCCGUGAAGAGUGUCGUCUCCGCGUGCACCGAUUUCCACCCACCCUGUCCCAACCACCACCAAGCCCAUGUCUGUAGGGCCAAGAAGCUCCAGGCGCCACGCCUGCAUAUAGCACGCGAGCAACGGCAAGGCGACAGCAGCAUCCUUUGUCCCAAUCAUCUCCAAGCCCAUCGGUGUAAGUCGAAGAAGCUCCAGGCGCCACGCCCAGACCCAACUCGCGAGCAGCGGCAAGACGACGGCAGCAUACCUUAUCCCAGUCAUCUCCAAGCUCAUAGGCGCUCCGCCGAGAUACAAUUCGCGGGCGACGGCAAGACGAGAUCAUACCCCAUCCCAAUCAGUUCCAAGCUCAUAGACAAGGCCCAGAAGCGCAGGCACUACGCCCAGAUCCAACUCGCGGGCGGCGGCAAGACGGCAGCAUACCACACCCCAAUUACUUUCAGGCUCAUGGACAAGGCCAAGAAGCGCAGGCACUACGCCCAGAUCCAAUUCGCGGGCGGCGGCAAGACGGCAGCAUACCACAUCCCAAUUACUUCUAAGCUCACAGGCAAGGUCAAGAUGGGCACUGCAUACCUUAUCUCAGUCAUCUUCAAGCUCAUAGGCAAGGUCAAGAACAUGAUUUGUCCCAAUCAUCUCCAAGCUUGUGGGAAAGGCCAGGAAUCUCAGGCACCACGCCCAGACGCAGCAUGCCCCAUCCCAAUCAUCCCCAAGCUCGUGGACAAGGCCAAGAAGCUCCAGGCGGCAUGCCCAGAUACAAAUCGUGGCUGCAUGCCCCAUUCCAAUCAUCCCCAAGCUUGUGGACAAGGCCAAGAAGCUCUAGAAGCCACGCCCAGAUACAACUCGACCCACCUGAUCCCGAAUCAUCUCCGACUUCAUGGGCAAUACCAAGAUGCCUCCACGGGCUACGCCAGAUACCACUCGAGGCAGCAUGCCUCAUCCCAACCAUCUGCAAGCUCAUGGACCUUGCCGAAUCAUCUUCAAGCCCAUGGGGAAGGCCAAGAAGCUCCAGGAGCCACGCGCAGACACAACUCGCGGCACCUCAUCUCAGCCAUCUCCAGCCCAUGGGCAAGGCCAAGAAGCUUCAGAUGCCACGCGCAGACACAACUCGCGGCACCUCAUCUCAGCCAUCUCCAGCCCAUGGGCAAGGCCAAGAAGCUUCAGAUGCCACGCGCAGACACAACUCGCGGCACCUCAUCUCAGCCAUCUCCAGCCCAUAGGCAAGGCCAAGAAGCUUCAGGUGCCACGCGCAGACACAACUCGCGGCACCUCAUCUCAGCCAUCUCCAGCCCAAGGGCAAGGCCAAGAAGCUUCAGGUGCCACGUACAGACAUACCUCGCGGCACCUCAUCCCAACCGUCUCCAGCUCAUGGGCAGAGCCAAGAAGCUCCAGGUGCCACGUCUACACACAACUCACCAGGAAGCUGAAGCCGCGACGCCAUGUGAUGCUCCACGCCUUGGGGGUAGCUAUGAGCUAUGGCGCGACGAUCUUCGCCCUUCCGCAGAGAGUCGUGCGUUCUUCGCGCCUAUACCAUCAAGAGUGCUGAGAAAUGCCGGAGUCCACACAACGAUGAGGCGUGGUGAUGUCGAUGCUUUCAAAUUGAUCUCCGUUGGGCUUGGGGAGUUCGAUGGGUACGAGAGUAAUCGGUGCGAGUGCUGCCGUGACGGGAAUCUUGCCAUGUUCCUCGAAGAGAACUUCGAAGACCCGCGAAGGCUGAAUGGCGUGUCGCCAGACCUGCCCAGGUAA